UUUUACUUGCUGUCUGCUGUCAGCCUGAGGGUUUUUCCCCCUCUAGGGUAGCUACUACAUAAGUGACUCCCUGAGCGGCCAUCGGAGGCUCUGCACCCCGGAAUCUUCAGGAUGUCGAGCUGCACCCAAAAAGGAAACCAUCUUGUCUUCCUACCAAGAGAAGUAAAGGAUAUUUAACCCAUGUGUGCUGCUGUUUCGGAUGUCAAGGAAAGAAUGUUAUAUGGCACCAGACUGAGAGAUACAGAUUAUUGAGGAAUAUAGAACAGGGGGACGUGUCUCUGACCAUCACCCAACUGGCCAACAGUGAUUCCGGAACCUACUGCUAUCAGGUAGAGAUCCCUGGUUGGUUGAAUGACCUGAAGAUGGAGAUACAAGUCAAUGCAGAUGAAGUAGGGGCAGAACAUGUGAGGGGAUCAGUCGGCGGGAAAGUGACAUUACCCUGCACCUAUUAUGUUACUGGAGGGACUACCAGCAUGUGCUGGGGGCUAGGCCACUGCCCAAAAUUCAAAUGUCUGAAUCUGAUACUCAAGACUGAUGGAAAGAAAGUUAUCCAGCACCAGUCUGAGAAAUACACAUUGUUGGGGAACAUAACACGGGGGGAUGUGUCUCUGACCAUCACCCAAAUGAACCUCAGUGACUCGGGAACCUACUGCUGUCGGGUAGAGACCCCUGGUUUGUUCAAUGACCAGAAGAUGGAAAUACAAGUCAGUGUGGAUGAAGAGACAACAGUGAACGAUUCACCUGCCAUCUCCACAAGAACAUCCGAAGCCGGUGAAGAAUACCAACUCAGAUUAUCCCCGGCAUAUAAUCACUUGUGUGGUUCUUCUGCUUCUCCUGUUGCUGUGUCUGGCCGGGUUUCUCUACAAAUAUAAGUACUACGAAAAGCUGAAGACUAAAGGUCUCAGCACUGCUCCAGUCAGCAACAGAGAUCUGGAGAGUUGGGAGACCCAAGCAGUGGAUAACAUCUAUACGAUUGAUGCCAUAUAUGCAACUUCUAUCAAAAAACGUUGAUAAAUUGUAUUUUUUUUAAUCAGUUUGUUAUAGAGACAUCUCUCUUGUUUAUGAUAAUGACACAAAUUAUAGCGUCAUCUGUUAUGAAGGCUGGGGGUAUAACUGUAACUGUCAAAUCUCCAUCAGUAAUCAAAUGUAGGAUGAUUUGUCCUUUAUAAUACAUGGUAUGACUUCUGAACAAAGCUGUAAUAAAUAUGUUUUUUUUUA